GGUUGUUUGCGUAAGAGAGAAUGGCCAGUUCAGGAUCGUUCUCGAGACAGGUGAAUGGGAAGGAGGCCUGGAAAUCGACGUCGAAGAGAUGGAGUGGGAAAAACAAGCAUGGCAGAGGUAGCGGGGGCAUGAGCGUGGAGGCCAGCCUGAAUCAAAUGUGUGGAAAUGAGGGCAAUAAGACGGCAGCGAGAAAGAGAGUGAUGGUGGUGGUUGAUCACUCGUCGCAUUCCAAGCAUGCACUCAUAUGGGCAAUCACCCAUGUCGCUAAUAAGGCUGAUUUGCUCACUCUGCUUCACGUCGUCCCUCCACACACGCCUUCUCAUUCUUCUUCUUCCACCUAUCUCCUCAACUAUCUUCUUUCCCUCUGUAAAGAUUGCAGGCCCGAGGCGGAAGUGGAGGCACUCGUAAUUGAAGGACCAAAACUGAGCACCGUGACGAGCCAGGUGAAGAAGCUGGAGGUCUCGGUCUUGGUGUUGGGCCAAAAGAAGCCAUCUCUUCUGUUCAACUGCCUAUGUGGAAGCAGCAGCGCAGAGGAGUUUGUGGAACAUUGCAUCCACAAUGGAGAGUGCUUGACAAUAGGAGUGAGGAAACGAAGCCAAGGUACGAAUGGGUACCUCAUCAGCACAAAGUGGCAGAAGAACUUCUGGCUUCUGGCUUAGGUUUGUCGACUUAGUUGCCACUUACCACAUCGCAAGGCAUACAUGAGAAGAUUAACUUAAUAUAUCUCAUUUCUAUCACUCAGUAACUAUUAACAUCUUCCUCCCUCGUACUAAUGAAGUUACUUGUUGGGGUAGUCCUUGAUUCUGUACGACUUCG